UCUUUACUUUGAAAAGCCUUUCAAAUCAACAACAAUUAUUUUUUUACUUCAUAGCCACUUUCUUCUGGCUCAAACAAAGCUCAGUCGGUCAUUGACUUACUCAUUAUUUUUUUUUUGUCUUUGCUUGCCUUCCUUUGCAGAACUAAAGUUUGGAAGUAGAAUUUCUUGUUUCUUUUGGAAAUUGGAAAUACUAUCAAACCUCCCAUAUACUUCUUGAUAAAAUCAAUAAAUGUAUUUCACUCAUUUCGGAUUUUUCUCACCACAAGAAAGUCACCCUUAAAGAGGUACCGUCCCUUACUGGCCUCUUAAAACCAGGUCGAGGCUGUAGAAGGCACAAGUGUAAUAACUGGUCACGUAUGUAAUAAAGUCACAAGUGUAAUAAGGUUUGGUCACAAAUGUAAUAAAGUCACAAGUGCAACAGGCGAGUCAGGGUCCAAAAAAAUGUCUUGGAGCGGAAAGGGCGAUUAACAAUAGGAAGACCACCGAAAUGUACAAGUGCUGUCAGCAACUAAAUCAAAAGGAUGACGAAAAGAUGGAGAAGAAGUUUAAAAGAGCAUUCCACAUUGCAGCCCUAGAAAGGCCAUUAGAUGACUGCGAGAGUCUCUGUGCCCUGCGAAAGUUGAAUGGCGUGGAGCUUGGCGAAACUUACUUAAAUCGAUCUGCAUGUACGGAAUUUAUUGAUCACAUUAGUUCUGCUAUGAAAGACAAUCUUGCUGACAAAUUGAAGGAGUGCCCCUUUUUCUCCGUAAUGAUAGGUGGAAGUACGGAUCAUGGAGUCAUCGAAGAAGCAAUCAUGUAUGUACACUACUUAGAAAAGUCCACCGGAAGACCAGUGACAAUGUAUCUUGGUAUUCAAGAACCUAAGGCUGGAACUGGAAAAGGGUAUUUAGAGGCAGUGGAUUCUUGUUUCCAAAAAGUCACCAACAUUGAUUCAGUCACCUGGAAGCAGAAAAUUACAGGUUUAGGAACUGAUGACUGCGCAGCAAUGACAAGCGAGAAGAACAGAGUUGUUGGCUUGUUGAGGCAUGAUAAUAAAGAGUUUAUGGGGUUUUGGUGUAAGCACACAAGCUCGAAUUAGCAGUUGUUGUUAG